AUUCUAGGUUGUAUCAGGUGAAUUUUGAUGCACCCACAUGUGAGGGGAAACGAAGGGAAAUCUCUCGCUGAGUGGAGACUUUUCAUCUUCUGCUGAGUUCUUUGUCACAAUUGCUGUGUUUGCCUUCCUCUACUCUCUGGCCGCCACAGUAGUCUACAUCUUCUUCCAGAACAAGUAUCGGGAGAACAACAGGGGGCCCCUAAUUGAUUUUAUCGUAACUGUGGUCUUCUCCUUCAUGUGGCUGGUGAGCUCGUCGGCCUGGGCUAAAGGACUUUCUGAUGUAAAAGUGGCCACAGAUCCCGAUGAGGUUCUGUUAUUGAUAUCAGCUUGUAAACAGCCAUCAAACAAGUGUACGUCAGUGCGGAGUCCUGUCAUGUCAAGCCUGAAUACUUCAGUGGUGUUUGGAUUCCUGAAUUUUAUUCUGUGGGCUGGAAACAUAUGGUUUGUCUUCAAGGAGACAGGCUGGCAUGCUUCUGGGAAUAGAUAUCCCCAAGAACCAGUUGAGAAACAGUCUGGUAGCCAAUCUUUAAACCAGGGUGGAUACAAUCAAGACCCCUAUGGACCAACUCCACCAUUCAAUCAACCACAAGGAGGCUUUGGCCAGCAGCCAAACUUUGGGUAUAACCAAACCGGCCCAACAUCUUUUGCCAACCAGAUUUAA